UUGGGAUAGAUGCCUUCCAUCAAUCCCUAUCCUUCCUUUUCUUCACCUCCUCCCCGUCUCGAGUUUUCGCAAGGAAAUGGAUGGCUCCUCAGGAGAACACACCCGCCUCCUCUAUCUACUUUCAUUGGAUCGAGUCUCGAAUCACUUCCCAUAUGUAGCCGAGCGAUAAUGGCGGCCAUCACUUCUUGCUUGUUUUGCUGCUCGUCUUCCCCGCCCCUACAUAAAGACCGGGAAGAAGAGAGAUGCAGUGACGUUACGUUCCUUCGAUCGCACAGGAGGGGAUCUGUGAGAUGUCGACAACUAUCGAGAUGACGACUGUUGAUAUGGUGGAGAGCGCGAAUGGCUCCGUCGACCAACCCGGCGGCCCCCCUCUGCCGCUAGCACCCCCGGAGUCAAACCUGGAGAUAGAAGGUGAGGUAGAGGCGGAGGCGGAAGCGGAGGCAGCGCCGGAGGCGGAGGCGGAGGCAGCGCCAGAGGUGGAGGCGGAGGCGGAGGCGGAGGCAGCGCCGGAGGUGGAGGCGGAGGCGGAGGCGGAGGCAGCGCCGGAGGUGGAGGUGGAGGCGGAGGGGGGCGUCGAGCAGCUGCGGGAAAUGGUCUUUAGGUUGAACCCUUUUGCUGAAGAGUUUGUGCCGGCGUCAUUAAGAAAUCCGCCGUUUCGGAAGAAGAGGAGCAUUGAAGCUGAAGAAAGGAGGAUUUCGCUGAGGCCGGAUGCCAUCGGACGAACCAUAUUCGUGUCCGAUGUCGGACGAGAUGUUACUGAAGAGCACAUUGCUGGAUUGUUCAGUAUGUGUGGAAGGGUAAUCGAUUGCCGCAUCUGUGGGGAUCCCCAUUCUGCACUUCGAUUUGCACUGGUGGAGUUCGAUAACGAGUAUGGUGCAAAUGUAGCUUUCAAUUUCGACGGGACGAUUCUUGGAUUUCAUCCUCUCGCGAUCUCGCACUCGAAGACUGCUAUCACGCCUGUCAAUCCUUCGUUGCUGCCUCAGGUGAUCGUACUGAUUCUUCGUGUUAUCUACGUAUUUUUCAUGUUAAAAUCGUACUGA